AUGUCGCGCCCCCUGCCGCCGCUCAUCCCGCCAUUCCGGCUAUGCCUGAUCGAAGAGGGGGUGUACCGCGGGGGCCACCCCUCGCUGAAGAACAUGCGGUACCUACGUCGCCUCAAGCUCCGCACGGUGCUGUCGCUGGUGCCGGGGAGCACGGGCCCUUCGAGCGACCUGCGGGAGUACUGCGACGCGGAGGGGGUCACGCUCUUCUGGCACGCGGUCGACAAGUACGACGACGGCUUCUCGCACACGCCGCAACUGGUCGCCUCGCUGCUGAACAAGCUCGUCGACCCCCGCAACCACCCCAUCUUUAUCCACUGCCGCGACGGCGGCCAUAACACGGGGCUUGUGGUGAUGUGCUUGAGACGGCUACAGAACUGGAACUUGCCCACGAUUUAUGAGGAGUUUAUGCGGUAUACAAAGGCGAACGAUAUCACGUUUAAGGAGAAAAAGUUUGUCGAGGCGUUUCACGCGCCCGUGCUGAUCCCGUUGCAGAUUCCCGUGUGGCUUUGGGAUGGCGUCAGGCAUAGCAAACACCCGUCUGUGAAGCUGGAGCUCGAGGUAGAUCCCGACGCGUCCACUAGCAAGGUAGCGGGGGUGGGAGUAACAAAUGUUACGGAGAAGGAGGGUUUUGGGGAACAGAGUGUGGUGCAAGGGAAAGGGAAGGCAGGGGAGAUGUGGAAGCGUCCGAGACAGACACACAAACAAAUUGAAGUGCACGUCUCAUUGAAGUUGGGAGCGCUGGACCUCACAGGGGUAGGCUUUGCAACUUGCUGUCGUCCAGGUAUGGAUAUGACAGAUAUGGAUGGGGCAGGGGAUGUGAAGUCAAAGGGGGCACAACACAAGCAAAGCGAGAGACUCAAAGGGUGA